AUGGAUGAUGCAAAAUAUGUUCAUGCAGAUCCACAAGAAUCUAUGAGUCAUAUACAAACACAUCUUAUAGAAAAGUCUAGCAUUAAUUCCAUCGAAAGCCUCCAUGUUGAUGAAGUUGUGCACAUGUACAAGCAAAUACUCAGAAUCAGAUACAUGGAGGAGCAGAUGAUUGAAGAUUACAAAAAUGGGCUCAUUCGAGGAUUUUGCCAUCUUUCAAUAGGACAGGAGGCGAUAUACGCUGCUUUAGAAAAAGCCAGUAAAGACGACAUGGUUAUCUCGUCAUAUAGAUGCCAUGGCAUUGCAUAUGUCACAGGAUGCACCAUACCUGAAAUAAUGAGCGAGGUGCUUGGAAGAGAAGCUGGCAUCUGUAAGGGAAAAGGUGGUUCUAUGCAUCUCUACAACAAAAAUUUCUUCGGUGGGCAUGGAAUCGUAGGUGCUCAGGUCUCACUCGGAUUAGGAAUAGCAUAUGCACUGAAGUAUGAUACAUUCCAGAAGUCAAGUACCCAUAAGGUUUGUUAUGCAUUUUACGGAGAUGGCGCUGCAAACCAAGGUCAGGUGUGGGAAUCCAUGAACAUGGCGUUUAUUUGGAAACUUCCUGUUGUAUUUGUAUGCGAAAACAACGGAUAUGGCAUGUGGACUCCUUCAGAAAGCGCCAGUGCAGAUUCAGAAUUCUUCCGUAGAGGCAAUCAGGUUCCAGGGAUUAGAGUUACCCAUGGCUCAACAUUUGCGAUCCUCUCCGUCAUGCAGUAUGCUAGAGCAUACGCUUUAAACAACGGUCCUAUCAUCGUGCAAAUAGAUACUCACAGACUUUGCACUCACUCAACCGCAGAUACAAAAGAUUACUAUCGUAAAAACAAUGAAAUACAAUCUGCAAAGGCAAAAGACUGCGUUAUAGAAGUAGGAAACAAACUUCUUCAAUUCUACUCAGAAAACCAACUUCAAGAAAUGCAGCAGGAGAUUCAUGACGAAGUAUUCAAGGUUACACAAUCUGCAAAAAAUAGCGCUUACACUCCUCAAGAGCAAUUAUUUAAAGAUAUUUUACUUUAG